GCCUUCACGCUGCCGAACCCAUCAUAUGUCAGUCAGACUCCCUCUCGACCAUCAAAACACCAUGUACUCUCAGUGCUGAAAGCCAUGGCUUAUCUCUUGUAUCCACACACAGUAGACGCACAAUACAAGUGCAAAGCGAUACAGAUGCAAAGCCAAAAUCGAGAAACCACACGGCUCGCGGUGAAUGGUCCUUCUGAAAAUGCAACGCAGAGCGCCCCCAAGCGAUGCUUGCUAUUGACCUCAGUCUCGUACCAGCAGCGCUGGGGGUUUCCAGCCAGUCGCUAUGGCUGAGCAUGCCAAUCCGCCGAGUAAACAGUGCAGUUUAUGGAGUUACUUUCCCAGAUCGUCUUUCACAGGACAGCGACGCUGGCCGUGACGGGUGGAGCUCAUGCAUGGACCGAUAUUGCUGGACGCGAUGCUGGCACCUGAGCAGCUGCGAUGCACGACUCUCAUCGCGCAUGAGUCGAUACCGACAUGAGUCCAUAUACGCUACCGGCGAUCACCAGACAGCCGUUCAGCCUCAAGAACGUGAACGGAAAGUAGUAGUCCUAUCGAUGCCCUCUUUCAGCCGCCGACGCGCGUCUCGGUAAUGCCGCCCAACCGUCAUCCACUCUGUAAGAGGGCAAGAUGUGAUGC